AUGACUAUUACUUAUUCUCACGAGGUUGCUACAAACUCUUUUUUUGUCUUUCAAAAAUUGCUUUUGAGCUACUUUGAGAUGUAUUGUCUCUUUUGUGAGAAAUUUGGCGAUUUUAUUCCAGUAUACUUCGUUCUGGGGUUCUUUGUGGAUGCGGUUGUAAGACGCUGGUGGGAUCAGUUUCAGACAAUUCCCUGGCCUGACGAUCUGGCAAUGAUUCUCUGUGCUUAUACAUCAGGGAACUCUGAAAAAUUAAAAAUUCAACGCCGCACACUUAUGCGUUAUGUGAAUUUGUCUUUUGUUUUUGCUAACCGUGGCAUAUCAUCCCGUGUACGGCUUCGGUUUCCUUCUGAUUUUCAUUUGAUUUCCAGUGGCUUGACUAAUGUGGAGGAGCUAUUGAUGUUUUUAAAAAACACUCCCCUAAAUAGACCAGCAAGUUAUGUUGGACCAUGUAUCUGGGCCGAAGAAAUCGUUCACAAUAUGCGCAAAGAGGGGUCGAUAAAUUCCGACCGUUCAGUUGAACUAAUUGUUCGCGAACUUUCACGUUUUCGCUCUCGGCUUGGAGAUAUCCUAUGUUAUGAUUGGAUUUCUGUACCACUGGUGUACACUCAGGUUGCGACUCUGACCGUAUAUAGUUACACUAUUUCAUCGCUGUUUGCUUGGCAAUUUUUGGAUCCGUCCCGGAAUCUUCAAGGACAGCAAAUCGAUUUAUAUAUUCCAGUUUUUGGAAUUCUACGUUUUCUCUUCUAUAUGGGUUGGCUAAAGGUAGCAGAAUCUCUGAUAAACCCAUUUGGCGAAGAUCAGGAUGACUUUGAACUUGACGAAAUUAUCGAGCGCAACUUAAAUGUUUCGUACUCAAUCGUUGACGCUUUGUUCGAUGUCGUUCCUCCCUUAAGCCGUGGUGUUGUUCUCGAUACAGAUGAAUUUGCACCAACGGUAGAUAUUAACUCUAAUUACUCGGUAGUGAACUCACCUCGAAGGAUAUCUCCCAUGGGCAGUGAGCUGUUCCUUGGCUCCCUUGCUAACCUUGACGUAACCUCCAAACGAUGCCGAUUAAUGUCUACCCUAGGGGGACUGAAGAGUUGUGGCGAAGUUGCCGACUUACACUUUAUUGUCUUGAAUACGAUGCUUCGUCUGGCUUAUUUGUUCCGUUCACACCACCUUGGCAAGUUCUGCAGGUUUAAGCACAUUGGUCUGUCGCCGUUAGCCGAUGCUUUUAAUUACGGACCAGAAGUGAUUAGUAACAAAGAUGGGAAAGUUACUGGUCAGUUGGUUCUUGAUGAUUUGUCUGAUUGUCUGUGCCGAGUUGCUGAUUUGGCCGACUGUGUGAGAUCCCUUCAUCCCGAUGCAAGCUAUCAGGAAGCAGCCAACGAAGUCUGUUUUAGCAUUGGCAACCUGGUUGAAAGCUUAAAUACCGACACCAGGCUUUAUGAAGUUGCAGUUCAUGCUGCAUCAACCUCAAAUUCCUCAUUGACCACUCCAGAGGCGAAUUCCGACUUAAUCGACAAGAGGGUUCUCAACCUAUUUAUUGAGGAUUUCGAGCAAACUGGUGUGCAUCUAAAGGAUACGUCUGAUCGCAUGUCUUUUCUCGAUGCAGCCGCCCAAAAUUUGGAACUCAGUGUAACAUUCAACAAGGCCGCUCAUGCUCCAGUUGUCUUAAAUCCGGAAAUGUUAAGUGGCAUUUCCAAGGACAUUGAUUGGACUCCUUUUAACGGUAGACGGUUGUUUAGUCCUUAUUAUGAUGCUUCUCAACCGUUUUUGCGAGCUCUUAGCUAUGCGCUCUUUUUCGGGCCCAUUGAAGGCCAGGAGGAACGUCUCAUCAGUUUACUUGAAGCACGUGAUAAACUAGCACGGGCGGCAGGUAAGGCCUCGUUCCUGUACCGUGCAGUGCAGCCUUCCAGCUUGGCGGAAUCGCCGGAACGCGUUGAACGUUUUCUCAAGAAGGUUUCGUAUUUGUUGUCACCCAUAGCCACAGGGACUGCGCGAUCCCAACUUAUCAAGGACUUACCUAAUAUGGAUCGUCUUCGGCCGUGGGAUAUUCCCUUUCUUAUCCACAGUGGUCAGCAGUGGAUAGACACUGAGAGUCUUCUACCAUUUUUCUCCUUGGGAGCUUGUAUGGAGGGUGUAAACCAGUUGUCGGAUUGUCUCUUUGGAUUACGUCUUCAGGUAGAACCAGCUUUGCCGGGUGAGGUGUGGCAUCCUGACGUUGUUAAAGUCUCUGCCUACACAACCGAGGCCCAGUCAGACCCUCUUAAUGACAAUGAGGUCGACCCCUGGGAAGCCAAGUACCCUAUUGGUCCAGGCGUACAGGUUGGCACCAUCUAUUGUGACUUUUUUCAGCGACCUGGAAAAAUGUCACAAGUGAGUUGCUUUCUCCUUCCAUAUGGCUUGUUUCUCAGUUGGCUUCUCGGUCCCGACUUAAAGUAUUAUCCGUUUCUGCACAAGGAUUGUCAUUAUACUAUUCGUGGAGGACGUCACACGGAGAACACAAUGUUUGAGUCACAUUCACCCUACCAGUUCCCUAUUGUGGUGAUCCAAUUGAACCUGGGUCCGAGUCCAGCCCAGAAAAAGGGUGAUACGCCCACUCUAUUAUCUCCGGCCCAGGUGGAGAACCUCUUCCAUGAAUGGGGCCAUGCACUUCAUUCAGUCCUCGGGAGAACGCGCUAUCAGCACGUUACUGGGACAAGAUGUAGUACAGAUUUGGCUGAAUUGCCCUCAACUCUGAUGGAACACUUUGCUCUCGACAAUCGCGUUACUGCCCAGUACGCACGGCGUUUUGAUACGGCAGAGGCACCGAGUUCCCCUGAAAACAUCAAGGCCCUGUUCCAGCUCAGCAGCAGCCGCGGAUAUGGACAAAGUGUGGAAGUGAUGCAGCAGCUCAUACACUCUAUGCUUGACCAACGACUGCACUCCGGGCCUCCUUCAGAGAUUCUCGCACUCGUCGAAGGUAGAGCCUCCUCAGUUACUCCGCCAUCAUCACGCCUUUUCGAGCAUAUUUUGCGUGAAAACUGUGGUGAAUGGCUGUGCUUAGAAUUGCCCCCAUUGUUGAGUCAUCUCCCCAUCGCAAUUACCCACCGAUUCAGUCACCUCUGCGGCUACGCGGGCCGCUACUACGCGUACCUCUUGGCUCGGGCCGCUGCUGGCCUCGUCUGGCAAAAGGGCUUCGCUGGUGAUCCCUGGUCGUCAAAUUUCGGUCGCAAAUACCGAGAUACAGUACUGAGGCACGGCGGAGAACGCCGACCGAUGGAGAUGUUAACGAAACUCGUCGGCGGAGAGGAGAGCUGCCUAAGCACCGAACACCUCGCCGCGGGACUGUGCGAAAACAUAGCUGCCGGGGAGGAGACGGCUCGCGCUGUCCUCGCAAAUGCCAAGCAACCCAGUUGGCGACUCGUCCGAUAG